UGGGAAAGGUGGCAGGCCCAUGUCGCUUGACGAGACCCCCGAGCAUGUGACUCUAGAGCGCGUCUUCACCUUCUUUGAGCCCUUGGAUCUGUGCGUUUUGGCAAGCGUAUCCAGGGCUCUGCGCGGCCUCUCGUAAGCGUGCCCCCUCCCCCCCCAAUGCGCUGCACAGCCGUACACUGCCUGUCGUGUGCCCCUUGAUUUGCAGAGAGCGGGACUCUCUUUGGAGCGUCUUAUGCACCUCUCUGUGGCAGGGCAAGGCCUUUGUGGCGGAGAGGUUCCGGCAGACCCCGAGCAAGGCCAGCUACCGCGGAUCACUGGCCGACAAACAUCGUGACACCAUUACGCGUGGCGAGCUGUGCUCACUGACGUGGCACUUCCGCUUCAAGCGAGAUGCGGGCGAGGAGUGGACAGAUGCCGAUCCGUAUUGGAAGAGGGGCUCGCCCAUGCAAUGGAGCUUCCGGACAGACGGAAAGAUGGAGCGGGCGGACGACCAUCCCGAACUCAGAGCGAAUGAAUCGGUUCGUGGAGGGCCGGCCUGCGUCGGCCGACAGCAAAGGAGUGGGCUCGGUGCACUGCACAGCCCUCUGUCUGUCUGUGCCUGGUAUAUUUUGUGCAGGAGGUGCGGCGUUGGAAGUUCACGAGGGUAUCAUGCGGUGCUCGUGGCCCCAAAGGGCGCUUUGUCAAGGUCGGCCGUUUCCCAGGUAUGUGUGUCAUCCAUCACACAGAAACAGACACAGACACAGACACAAACACAUGGGCGCACGCAGGAUCCGCCUCUACACCAGGCCAGUGGACGAGUUGUGCGUGGCUCUGUGUUUCUGUGAAAACGGUGAUUCAGCGUAUGUCGUGUCGCGUACCGCCAACUGGGGGUGGCUGAUGGAGAGCUGCUGGGUGGUGCUCUACAGCUUCCCCAUUUCCCCCUACAGCCAACUGCCAAACGAGUACCGAGACGAGGGCCUGAAGGUCGAUACGGACCUCCAGUGGGCAGUAAGCACGACGGCAGAGCACAAGCCUGCCUCAGAGGAUCCGAUCACACACACACUCCCCACAUCCGGUCCAUCUCUCGUGUUGUUCUGCAGGAGGCGUUCCUUUACAACAAUGCACUGAAUGUGCCCCUGCGUUACCUCCUGCAGGACGGAGCCGACUCAGAAUACGAGCCAGAGACAGGUCAGCGGGUCGGUGGGUGGGUGAAAACAGGCAGGCAGGCAGGCAGGCAGUUAGUUUUGGUUCAUGAGCGAGAUCCCUGCGUUGAGUGUAUCCAUUGGUGUGUGGUGUGUGCAUGGCAGAGGGUCGAUCGGCCAAGCGGCGGGGCGGGGCCAGGACAAGGGACAGCAAGCGGCGAAAGAAGAGCAGUCCGAAGGCCAAUGGCUAGCAAGUCCGUCCGUCCGUCUGUCGAGACGGACAGGCACAGCACGGCGUGGGCUGAUUUUUGAGCCUGUGCAGUGCAUGUACGUACGGUACAUGCAAGAAAAUGUUAGUUGAGUCCAGCGAGUCGACGGCAUCCAUGUUACGCGUAUAGGGACAUUUGGCAUGACGAACACUUAUGCAUCGAUCAAUUUCCUCAUACCAAAUGGAC